AUGAGAUACAAAUACUGGUGCGCCACCAAUAUAGUUUUCAAAACUUUUUUUCACUUCUUUUUUUUCACUAAUCCCACUUUUUUGGUAAGAAAGAAGCAUAGCUAUUUGCCGACAAGCCAAUUCAAGAUGCAAAUUUUCGUCAAAACCUUAACUGGUAAAACCAUUACCUUGGAAGUUGAAUCUUCUGACACUAUUGACAAUGUCAAAUCUAAAAUUCAAGACAAAGAAGGUAUUCCACCAGACCAACAAAGAUUGAUUUUUGCUGGUAAACAAUUGGAAGACGGUAGAACUUUGUCUGACUACAACAUCCAAAAGGAAUCCACCUUGCACUUGGUCUUGAGAUUGAGAGGUGGUGGUAAAAAGAGAAAGAAGAAGGUCUACACCACCCCAAAGAAGAUCAAGCACAAGCACAGAAAACACAAGUUGGCUGUUUUGACUUACUACAAAGUUGACAACGAAGGUAACGUCGAAAGAUUGAGAAGAGAAUGUCCAGCUCCAACUUGUGGUGCCGGUAUUUUCAUGGCCAACAUGAAAGACAGACAAUACUGUGGUAAAUGUCACUUGACCUUAAAGGCUAACUAA